AGUAAUUGGUGGAAAAAAUUAACUUCGGACGUGAAGGAGAUUAAUUUCUCAAGUUUUUAAUUGAUUUAAUACAGUUUUACUUUUCCGAAAAUAAUAUAAAGUUAUAAAGUGUUUAAUAAAUAUUUCCGAAAAAAUAAAUAUCUGAAAUUUUUAUAUGUUUUGGUAAAAAUCCGAACAACAGGCAUGUAAGUCAUACUGUCGAAUUCAUUGAUAGAGUAACAACUGUGGUUUUUGUGGUGAGACGUGUAGGAAGAGAAUAGAAGUAACUUUAGAGAGAUAGAUAAAACCGCACGAGUUGUCGGAAUUACGUGCUUGUGAAAAUUCUUAUUCACAUUUCAUUUCUUCAUUGAAAAGACAUGAACAAUUUACUGAUUAAAAUAAACUCAGUACAGAUAUAACGUUUUAAUUAUUUUAAACGUUGAAACUUAUAAGUUUCCUUAAAUAAUUUUGUGCGCGACAUUAAAAAUUUCAAAUUAUGAAACUUGAAGGAUUAAUGGCACGAGGGGCGUGGAUAAAUGUAGUUGGUCUUGCUUUAGGUGUAAUAUUUAGCAUAAUUGAUCAAGUUCGUUCCCAGCGGUCAACACAGUGGACAGAAGGUAGUCUUAGGCUUGUUGGAGGCAGGACUAAACAUGAGGGUACAGUAUUAAUAUACCACUGGUCCAGAUGGGGAGCGAUUUGUCAUGAUAACUGGGACAUUAGAGAUGCAAAUGUCGUUUGUAAAGAAUUGGGAUUUGCCGGUGCAAGACAGGCUGUGACAAGGUCCAGAUUUGGAAAAGGCCGACGUAGGGUAUGGCUCUCUGGGUUACAUUGCCGUGGAAACGAACGUCACGUUACUAUGUGCUAUUCUCGUGGGUGGGGUAAUCACGAUGGUCGCUGUAAAGGUUACUGGACGUCUGCUGGUGUUGUAUGUAACAGUAGAAAAUUAACAACAACAACAACUACUACUACUACUACUACUACUACUACAACUCGACCGACAACAACCACAAAGAGUACUACGACAACGACCACUCCAAAGCCAACAACAACAACUAGGACAACCACCAAAAAGCCAACAACACCAAAACCUACAACAACAACAACUACUACUCCAAAGCCAACACCAACAACACAAAAAACCACAACAACAACGAAGAAGCCAACGCCACCUCCACCUGCGUACAAUAAAUGGAUCUACGACAGAGAAACAUAUCGAUACUUUAUGUACUUUAGAGACGGUUCCUUUAUAACAUCCGCUCCUGACCCAAGGUACGUUGGAAGGCUCAACACAACCACUUCCACCACCACAACAACACCGCGACCGACACCACGACCAACACCACGUCCUACACCUCGUCCAGGUAGAAUAGAUAAUCGUAUUCCUCAAGAAAACCGCUUAGAAGUUGAAAAUACACGAAGACGUCAUGGGCACCACAGUAAUACUAUAAAAGAAGGAUACCAACAAGACCAACCCAUAGUUGAAGACGAGGACCAGGAUACUUCUAUGUCAGAUGAAUUUGACAACUCUAUAGAGUCCAGUGAUGGUACAGAGGUAUCAGUUGAGUCAGAGUCAUUAGAUACUGAGGAAUCAGAAGAGCAACCAGCGGGGCCAACACCACCAACUUUCACAGACUACCGAGUGAUAGGCGGUCGCGACUAUAAGGGUUUUAAGGAAGGACGGCUUGAAGUACGACUAGCAAAUUCUUUUACUUGGGGCGUAAUUUGUGGAGAUCACUGGGACCAACGAGCUGCUAUUGUUGCCUGCAGACAUUUCAAUGCCGGUUAUGCUCGACAGGCACAAAAGACAGACUAUUAUGGUGGCAGUGGUAUGGAUAAAGUUGUGGCUAAGAUGAGGUGUACGGGUAAAGAGGAACGUCUAGAAGAUUGUGUGACAGAACGCUAUGAAGAUACUCCUGGAAAGAUUGCUUGCUCCAGACCUCAGUCAGUGGCGGGAAUUAUCUGCGAGACAAGACUUCCGGACUUAGAGCCAGAUCUUAGAGCUAUACAAGAAAGUGCAUUUUUACGAGACAGAUAUUUGUAUUAUCUUCAAUGCGCUUACGAAGAAAAAUGUUUAUCGUCAUCGGCAGAUGCUUUAUAUGGAUCCAGAACUUGGGCAUAUGCAUCCAGACGCUUGCUACAUUUUUCAACAAUAGCAAAGAAUAUUGGAACUGCUGAUUUCCGGCCAGAUAUAGACAGAUCGCAGUGGGAGUGGCAUGCAUGCCAUCAACAUUACCACAGCAUGGAAUCGUUCUCUCACUACGAUAUUAUAGAUUCCCAUGGUAACCAAAUAGCAGAGGGACAUAAAGCAAGCUUUUGCUUGGAGGACACAAAAUGCGAUAGGGGUGUUCAUCCAAAAUAUAAUUGCCAAGGAUUUGGACAUCAAGGUAUUUCAGUGGGUUGUUCAGACAGUUAUUUAUCUGAUAUAGACUGUCAAUGGAUUGAUGUGACCGAUGUUAAACCGGGGUCGUAUACAUUAAAGAUUGAACUUAAUCCGAGUAUGCGAGUACCGGAAAUAUCUUAUGAUAACAAUGUGGCUAUAUGUGACUUGUACUUUAACACCAGACAAGCGUCUGUAACAAACUGCAAACUCGGAUCUUUAUUGUAACAGAGCAGCAUGUGUUUUAGUGUAAAACGAUUGAUAUUGUGUGAAUUUGAACAAAAAUGACUCGAGGGGCAAAAAACUAGAGUUGAUGAGUCUACUGUUUGUAAUGCCUACGUGCUAAUUGGAAGCUCAGUAGUGACGUCGAUAUUAGGAACAGGUGCCUUACACAUUGCUGGUUGUCAGCUCUAAUUAGCUAAACACUUACAACACCUGUAUGGUCGUGCAGUUUUUGCACACAUAUUUCAUGUUUAAUGUUAUUUUAAUCUGUCGGAGCAGAUUACUGGUAAAUAUAGUUUUUUUCCCGACAUUCCUUCUUUUUUUAAACAUUCAGUGGUGUACGUGAAGAUAAUUGAAGAAAGUCUGUAAACAAGUGUAUUGGAAUGACGAGAGCGUGGGUGUUUACCUAUACAAAAUGUCCUGCUAAAAAUAGUUAAUUUACAGACUGAAUAAUGUAGAUUCCAUACAUAACUAGUAUCAUUAAAAGCCGAAAA